AGCCAAGCAAGGGAAGCGGGGCAGCCCUCGUUGCUGAAGACGAGCUUCUGUUCAGCGAGCUGCUCUGCAGCUCUCGGUCACUGCCUUGUUUGAUGGAGCAUGGAGCACGCAGACAAUCUCCCACCGGGCCGUUCGCACGCCGGACAGAUUGCAGAACGUCGCAUGACGGGCGACAGACGACAGCUGCUGCAUCAGAGCCGGGUCUGAAAGCCACGGAUUUCGAGCCGCUAGGAGCUCGAUUGUUUCAAGCGAAAAAGGGCGCACUCUUUGAUGACGGACACGGCAUGCGUAAGCGCAAGGAUAGCCCGCCAGUCGUGAUGGUAAAUCAAGCCGUCGUACAGCACACGGGACAAGGUUCCGAAGGCAACAGGGCAAGCAGAAGACAACGAGAGCACAGAAAAGGAGUGGCAGGAAAAGCAGAAGCCGUUGCACCAUCUGUCGAGCCUCAGGACAUGAAUUUGUUGGCGCGCUUGUGUGCAGUAGUCGGCUGUCAAGAACCUUCGGCUCGCGGGUACCCGCUCGUAGUCUGGGAGGACCCUUGCCUUUUGAUCGCCAUCGGGAGGGAGCGCAUGCCUGCGGGUCUUCUAACGGCUAUCCAUCAUUUCGUGAGACUAUCCGGCGGGCUGGUUGCUUUGCCCUUUAUAAGACCCAGCGCGAGCCAUCGCCAGUCGAAAGAUGUUCAUCCAUCGUGUGUACACCCUCUUCAACAUCUUUUGUCCUUGUCAACUGCGGCAGAAAGUGGUAUUUUAGCUAGGUCGUCAUACUCCUCUCCAGAGUUCGGCCGGCCUCCGCGAUUGUCGCAGACUGUAACAAAACAUCCUUGCCCACACCACCUUCGUCUCCCGCGGAACACUUCGUCUCCAGCCAACCGACAACAAACAUGUGCACGAAAAUUGUUCACGUCUUCAAAUGCGGUCAUCAGCAAGUCGACCUGGCCCCUUGCGCCGCGUCAAGGGUCGCAAAGUGCCCCAAUUCGCAAGACAAAAAGAUCAACCACGACCAACGCUGCUCAGAUUGCCGAAGAUGACAAGGUGAGGAGGCUCUUC